CGUUCCUUUUCUUUAUAGAUCAUGAAGGAAAAACUAAUGUCAUUGUAUCUUUUUGCCAUAAUUUUGUAUGUUAUGCACGAAUCCGCUGCUAUCGUACCGCCAUUGACCAAGGGAAUUAUAUUCCUACCUCAAGGCAAUUUUCUCAUGACAACAAGCCAAUGGACAAUAGCUAUAGAGAUAACGUUCGAAGAAUACGACCACUACCUUAACGACCUACGUCAUCACUUAACCUCUUUGAAUCCCGUCGUAAAGGAGGCAGUUCGUAGGAAAGAUGAUCCCAUGAAGCCCUUAUGGACGCUAGCCGCUGCUGAACUGAAUAAUGUACAGCAAGAACUGGACGCAUAUGAAAGCGAGUACAAGGAAUUAAAGUCCACUGUGACAGUCAGUGACGAUCCGAGAAAAAAACGCGGAUUAAUAGACGCAGGAGGAAAAGUAUUAAAAUUUUUGUUCGGAACGGCUACUUCCGAGGAAGUAGAGGCGACCAACAGCAAAAUAGACAAAAUAAAAGUAGGACAGAAGAAAAUGGUUCACAUUUUGGAAGCUCAGGCUACAGUAUUAAACCAGACUAUAGAAGCAGUCAAAAAUAACAGGAAAUAUAUCGACAUGUUAAUAAGACGUCUCGAAUACUUAGACAAGGAAUUACAAACUUUCAGUUAUACCUUUGUGGUAAGUACUGCUCUUCGAUACGCAGAGAAUGCAGUCGCCGAAUUCCGAACAAGCGUCACAAAUUUAAGGCAAGCCAUUGAAUUACUGGAACGUGACCGAAUAAGUUCAUACUUCUUACCAAAAUCUCAAUUACUAAAAAUGUUAGCAGAUGUAAACAAGCAAUUACCCAGCGGAAUUUCCCUUAUAGAACCUUUAAACGGGGAUAAUGUUUUUAAAUAUUAUCAAUGGAUAACCACUACCGCCAUUGCACUACCACGCAAGUUACGGAUAUUCGCAAGGUUUCCGUUGAUCACACCAGAAGGGUACUUUGAUCUAUACGAAGUAGUGAAAUUUCCUGCUUAUUUUCCGCUUACGAAGGUGUUUGCGUAUUAUCAAGUGGAGUAUCCUUACAUUGCUCUAUCGAAAGAUAGACAGUUAUACAUGUUGUUAGAAGCGCAUGAUCUCCAAAAGUGCAAGAGCGGCUUGACAACCAUUUGCGCGCCCGAGGUAGCAGUAUGGAAAUUACCCUAUCAAUCCUGCGAAUACGCCUUGUUUAUGGCCGACGAAGCGACGGUCAAUGGACUGUGUAAAAGAAAAGUCAUAAAAUAUCCAAAACCUAUGUUUCGACGAAUUGACGAGGAAGGAACGUGGAUUUAUUCAACUCCUUCACCUAUGAACUUGAUUGCAGAGUGUAAUCAACUCACAAGUCCAAAACGACCGCAAGUAGCAAUGAUCAAGUUAAACAAUACUGGCAUCUUCAAAUUACCGAUGACUUGUGUCGGUCACGCGCCCGGCGUGCGCCUAACAUCACACUUCCAGGCUAGAACAACUUACAAGGUCGCAAUCAGAGAUCAUUAUGUAGUACCGGCGAUAACGGAUAUUCUUAAUCAAACAGAAACAAGACUCCUCUGGAAGUAUAUUUAUAAAAACACAACUUCAAGUAUCCAAAAAAAAGAAACGGGAGAUUGGUCCUUGGANGAGAAAAAAACGCGGAUUAAUAGACGCAGGAGGAAAAGUAUUAAAAUUUUUGUUCGGAACGGCUACUUCCGAGGAAGUAGAGGCGACCAACAGCAAAAUAGACAAAAUAAGAGUAGGACAGAAGAAAAUGGUUCACAUUUUGGAAGCUCAGGCUACAGUAUUAAACCAGACUAUAGAAGCAGUCAAAAAUAA